GGCCUCCACCCUGCCGGCGCCACACGUUCUGAUCGACAGCGGGGGCGGAAGGGCAACGCCGCCGCCGCCGGCGCGGUGGUGGAGGCGAUCGCAAGGGAACAGCGCCGCCUGCACCACCACCAUCACCGCCGCCGCCGCCGCCGCGGCGUAGAAGUGGAGAUGCGUCGUUGUAGCGGCCGCUGCCCCCCGUCAGGGCGUGUCCCGGCCGCCCCCACGCCCCGGCCUCACGCCCUUGUGCGCGCCGCCCGCCGUCCGCCCCCGCCGCGGGUGACGCCGACAGCCGCGGCAGUUGUCGUACCGGGCCGCCAACGCCCGCAGAGCAGACGCAGUGGCGCGCCGCCGCCCGGGAGCCAGUGUCCAGCGUGUGUGUCCCGCCGCCGCCCCCGCCGCCAUGAACCUGGACGAGCGGCUCAUCAUCGAGGUGCAGCAGUACCCGGGCCUGUACGACCAGACCAGCCCCGACUACCGCGACCUGCGCAAGAAGGAGACCAUGUGGCAGGCCGUGGCCGACAGCCUGGGCCUGCACGUCCGCGAGUGCCAGGCGCGGUGGCGCGUGCUGCGGGACAAGUUCGCUCGUGAGAUGCGGAAGAACGUGAACGCGAAGAAGGCGGGAGCCAGCGCCCUGCAGGUGUACCAGGGCAGCUGGGCGCUCAUGUCACACCUCAUGUUCCUCACCUCGCACGUCAGGCACAGGACCGCGCAGGGACCGCUGAAGAAGAAGACCCCCUCGGAGGCAGGCAUCUCAGAGGAAGAGGAGGAGUGUGACCUUAGCGACGAGGAGCCUCCAUCCCCGUCUCCCCCGUUGACCAAGAGGAUCAAAACCGAAGUGGACUCGUACCAAUCCUCGAAGGAAUCAAGCGCACUCUGGCAGGGGACGCUGGAGUGGGAGGCGGACGCGGAGAGGUUGUUCUGCCUGUCGCUGGUACCCGUCAUGCGCCGCCUCGACCCUGACAAACGCAGCCUGGCCAAGCUCCACAUUCAGCGCCUCCUCCACAACCUCGAGUUCCCACAGGUCAAAGUGGAGUUGCGGAGUGGGUGACGCUAGGAGGGGGCUUUGAGUUAGGGGGGCGGGGGGGGGAUUACUAUUGUGUUUUUGGAGGGUGAGAAGUGACCUAACCUGACCUCACCUACAUGUCUUUUGUUUUGGGGGUAUUAUUUUUUUUUGGAGGAAGUUAGAGAAGUAACCUAACCUGACCUGACCUCACCUGGAUGUCUUUUGUUUCUGAGGUAUUAUUGUAUUUUUGAGAGUAAGAGAAGUGACCUCACCUGACCUCACCUGGAUGUCUAUUGUUUUGGGGUAUUAUUCUAUUUUGGAGGAAGUAAAUGAAGUAACCUGACCUGACCUCACCUGACCUCACCUGGAUGUCUUUUGUUUCUGGGUAUUAUUGUAUUUUGGAGGGAGUAAGAAG